AUGAGGGGAGAAGAGGAGGUGAAAGCAUCUCAAGUGGAAGCUGGAGAUGUCGACAUAAGUGAUGUUUCUAUCAAAGAUCAAGAUGGAGCUGGUGUCAGAGUGACCUGCGGCUCCUCGACAAGGGCAGAAGUCAACAGUGAUGAUUAUCAAGAAAACAAGCUAAGUGAAAAUCCUCUGCCAAUCCCAGUUAAUGAUAAAGAGGAGAAACAAUCAGGGCCAAGAAUGACUAAAAAGUUCCUGAAAGACCACUGCAAAGAGAACAAACUUUACACAACACCUUGGCUGAAUGAUAUUUUGUAUUUGCAUUUCAAAGGUUUCUCCACCAUAGAGAACCUAGAGGAGUACACAGGGCUGAGGUGUCUUUGGCUGCAGAGCAAUGGGCUGCAGCGCAUCGAGAACCUGGACACCCAGACUGAGCUGCGCUGCUUGCAGGUUCAGCAGAACCUCAUCUACAAACUUGAAAACCUUGAGCAUUUAAGCAAACUCAACCAACUGAACGUCUCCAACAACUACAUAAGCACCAUAGAGAACAUCUCCUGCCUCCCUGAGCUGGGCAGUUUGCAGAUUGCCCAUAACAAGCUGGAAAAAGUGAGUGACAUCGAGCACCUGCGUCAGUGCCUCUCAAUCAGUGUCCUGGACUUGUCCCACAACCUGUUAAAUGACCCAGACAUCCUCCUUGUGCUUGAGAACAUGCCACAAUUGCGAGUGCUAAAUCUAAUGGGAAAUGAGGUAGUGAAAAAAAUUCCAAACUACAGGAGAACCAUGAUUGUACGUCUCAAGCAGCUGACCUACCUGGAUGAUCGACCUGUGUUCCCCAAGGACAGAGCGUCUGCAGAGGCAUGGGCAGUGGGAGGCCUGGAAGGGGAGCGCAAAGAAAGGGAGUUAUGGGAGACCCGGGAAAGGAGGAAAAUUCAAGACAGCUUGGAUGGCAUGGCAGCGAUCCGGAAAAGAGCUCAGGAGAGGCGCCGACUUCGAGAGCUGCAGGAGAAAAGGCAGACUGAGGCGUCCACUGGCCCAGAUACUCAGAGUCCUUGUGAGGAGAACCAGACCCACACUUUGAGCUCAUCACGGGAGGAGAAGAUCCAGGCUUUUGUGCAGGACAGCCUGGAUGCCCAUGAGGAAUUCUUGCGGAAACAGGGACUGUCAGCUAAAGGGCCGGAUAAUGACAGGCUAGACAGUGAACAUGGAGAAGGAAAACAGUUGGGUCAGGGGUUUUCAAUAGAGCAGCUGGAGAACAGUGAGCAGAAGCAAUCAGAGAUCAAGCAGUCUGUGACAGAGGUAGAAGAGGCAGUACACACAGAGCAGAGGGAGGGAGAAAACACAACGGCAGAGAUGUCAGAGGGAGAGCAAGUACAAGAGACCCACGAGUCAGGGACAAAAGAGUCAUGCAGAGAUCUGUUUGAGUGGAAUCAAGCAGACAGAGGGCAGGCAAGUCAAUUGAAGCUAGAGAUGCAGCAUUGUGGGAGUAAGCAGCCUCCUUUAAUCGUAACAGCUCCCUCUGAACCAGAUGAAGCAGUCACAGUACAUGGUCCUGGGCCACUGGUGACAGAGCUGGAUGAUGCAGAGCACCUGGAAACCAUUUCCCUCUUACCACACCGCCCACUGUGUAUUGAGGAUCUCCCUGAUCUGGAGGAUGUGGACACUGAGGAUCAGGACAUUACAACAAUCUUCUCUUCUCAGCGAGUAUCCAGGCCAAAGAUAGAGAUCAUAUCAGCUGAUAGUGAUGAGGAUGAGCUAACAAGAGAGCAGAUUGAGCCCACACCUACUGUGGCUCCAUACACAAAUUCAUUGUUCUUUGAGAGUGACCGCACACCAGCUGGAGUCUGUAACAAAUCCUCAUCAUUGGCAGAUCUAAAGGCUGGGGAUGCCCUCGAGCCACAUAUUUUUGAACUGCAGGGAAGGUCUAAAACAAACCAAGCUUCCUGUCCACCACAUUGUUUGAUUGAGGAACUGGACUGA